AUGUCUGGAAUAAGUUCAGCUUCGUUAGUGGACUUGAAAGCAGAAUUAUUUCGGAAACAAGAAGAAUUCAAAAAACAGAAAUUGUUAAAUGCAUCAACAAAUUAUAUCAAAGGCAAAACUAUUGAAAAGAAGCAAACAAUCUUCAGCAAGAAAAAUGCAGGUGUUGCUGCAAGGGCCCAGAAAGAUUUAGUUGCAAAAACUGAGGAAGAAGACUUGCAUGAAAAGUCAAGGAAAACCCUUGAAGCUAAAAGUAAACUAUAUGAAAAGAUAACCCACGACUCAAGUAUCCCUGAUGAAGAUGGAAGCCAAAGAUUUCUUGUGGAUUUUCAGAAAAAAGCAAUUGAUAAAUUACAAGAAGAGCAAAAUAAGGAAAAGAAAGAAGAAAAUGAUUAUUUUGAAGAUGAAUUUGUGGAUUCUCCAAGCAACCCAGAUGAGAAAUGGGUGGAAUACACAGACAGUCUUGGAAGGACAAGAACAUGUAUGAAGAAAGAUUUGGAGAAAAUGCAAAGAAGAGAUAAAGAAAUGGGAAUACUACCUGCCAGUCAAAAGAAAGAAGAUAAUGAUGACAUGAAGGAAUCUUCUAUUGGCAGUAGUAAAUCCUCUUGUGGUUUGAAUUCUCAAGAAAUUUAUUGUCAAAUGUUGAAAGAGAAAUGGGAGAAGGAAGAAGAAGAUGCCCAAGCCAAACCAGUGGGUCCUGUUCAUUAUGAAAAUGUCAGAUUUGAUGAAAUCCGAACUCAUGGUGUGGGUUAUUUUCAGUUUUCCAAAGACGAAACAGAAAGACAAGAACAAAUGCAUUUACUCAACUCCUUAAGGAAUCAAACAAAAGAUGAACGAGAAAAACGCAAUCAACUGAAAGAAAAACGUGACAGUCUCAUGGCUGCACGGCUGAAGAAGAUCAAAGAUCGGCAAAGAGCUAAAAUGGGUUUACCUCCAGAGCCAGAGACAAAAGAUGAAUCAUAUUCAGAGCCCAAGAUUGAAGAAAGUAUUUCAAAAGAAGUAAAAACUGAAAAUGUUGCAAAGAACCCUGCACCUGUUCGAGAAUGGGAUCUUGGAAAAGACAAAUUUUGGGAAAUGGAGAAGAAAUAUUUCAAAGAAAGGCGAGAAGAAAGACAUUCUGAAUUUGCACCUCCAAGUUCUUAUUUUAUCUCAAAUUCUGCUUCAAAUUCAAAAAGGAAGCAAGAAGAACAACAAUAUUCUUCAACUGCAGAAAAGAAACCAUUACUCCAGAAAUUCAAAAAAAAUAAAAUGAAAUCAGAAAAAAAUGAAAUUGUAAAAGAGGCCAAAAAAACAGAGACUGUUCAAACCAUAGCAGAUUUGGCUGCAAUCCCACUUCCUGAUGAAAAGGAGAAAUUAACAAACAACAAUUCUGCUGCAAAAUACCAACAACAACUACAAACAAAUGAGUCGAGUAAGGCAAUUGCUGCUGCUGCUGCUUCUUCUGACAGUAUAGUAUCUUCCCAAAUGUGGGGUCAACCUGUUGCUAUGACAACACCACAAUACAAUCCAAUGUAUAUUGCUGCAUUAAGUAACCAACACCAAAAUAUCUACCCUGGAAAUGUAGCAACUGUGACAGCACCCCAAGCAUCUGGCCAAGUCACAACUCAACAGACAGUUGCACUGGAAAAACCAAAGCCUACAAUUGUUGAUAGAAGAUUUGUAAAAAAUGUUGAAUCAUUGCAAAGUUUGUGA